CACCCACGCAUUGAGAAUCAGCCCCUCCCAUUUGCUUUAGUUGGCACACAUGGAAUGUCACGGUCGUUGUCGCCUUCUUGCUCUUCUUCUGAGCCUUUUAGGCUUGUUUCUGGUCUCCCUCAUGUACUUCUUCUCCUCUACUCCCUCCAUUUUAGUUACCAUGUCACCUCCUAAACGAUCUCAGAAAGUCUCUGUCUUCCUCUGCUUGAACAAUCCAACCCUCAGGGAGAUAGAGGAUAUUGAAAAAGACUUGCACGAAGCUUUCUCCGAUAUGAAGCUAGACCAUGAAACCUUCAUUGUAGUCAGCGAGACCUCAGGCUCCUCCCUACAAUCAGACCAACUCUCCUCCCUUCCUACUCCUCCCCCUCACCAUCAUAGGGAGGUCCUCUCCAGUCCCACGUGUACAGGUGCUCUCUCGAAGGCUCAUUUCAGCAUCUUACUGGUAAUAGGUGCUAAUAUGUCUUAUUAUAAAGACACAGUUCAUGGACUGAUUGAGCCACUCAUCAAUAGUCAAGCUGAACUAACACUUACUUAUAAUGUGGAUGAGUCCUUCAGUUUGAUAGAUAGUUUGUUGCUGUUAUGCAUCUAUCCUUUAACUGGUGCAGCAUAUAUCCCACCAAGCCCAGUUCUAGCUAUACUGACACCAACUCUUACACAAGGUUGUGAAGGUGUGGAGGGACAGGAGGAGAGAGGAGGAAGUCUAUCAGUUGAACUGGUAUCAAGAUGUGCACUCCACAACUGGCUGUCAGUUUCAACCAGCCUCUCAGAUAUACACGGAGACUCAACAGGAAGGAUAACGCUAUCACAGGUAACCUCACUAUGGUGGAGCCUACACCCAUUCCUUUGUGUGUUUGGGUCCUUGAUUCUCUUUCUGUUAAUUAUCCUAACUGUCUACGUCUUUUUAAAGAGAAGUUCUUCCAGCAAAAAUAUAAGGGACAUGAAAUUAUUCAUCACGUGACGAGAUAAAUGUGUACUAUUAUUUAUUUUCGAUAUUAUUUUGAAUUUUUAUCAGUUAAAAAGUUUUGUUUGUUACAAGAA